AUGAAUUCCCCUCCAAAUUCUUUUCAAGAAUUAAUAGACUUCCUUCAAGAAACAUUAUGUGAUGAAACAUGUGAUGAAAUGCGUAAUGAAAUGCGUGAUGAAAUGUGUGAUGAAAUGUAUAAUAGAACAUAUGAUGAAGUGCAUGAUGAAACAUAUGAUAGAGUGCAUGAUAAAACACAUGAUGAAGUGCAUAAAACCCAUAAAGGACAAGAUUUGGUUGGAAUUAAUGGCACAUUACCUCACAUUAACAAAGCAAUCGUAUUCGCCAUUGAUGAUACUUUUCCUAACUGGUUAAUUGCAGAACAUUAUGUUGCUGAAUAUAGCUGUCAAAAAGGAUUUGUACCAAUUAAGAUAUGUAAUAAAACUGAUCGUAAUGAAUGUUUAAUAAACCUAUAUUAUAAGUGUGAAUUUAGUAGAACAUAUCAACCAAAGAAAACUAAUAACUUACAAAAUCAACAUAAUAAAGUUUCUAAAAAACUUAACUAUGAUUGGAAAGCUAAUUUGUCAUUUGCAACUGGUGUGGUUCAAAUUACUAGUUUUAAUAAUAACCAUGUUGAGCAUCAACUUUCACCAAAUACCAAAAUUUUUGCUCCUAUAAAUCGUCGAUUCUCUGAUGAUUGUCACGAAGAAAUUCGCCAUUUAACAAUAAAUGGUCGGUGUGACCUGUCGACAAUACGAUCUCUUCUAUCUGUUAAAUACCCCGACCAGCUUUUCUUAACAUAUGAUCUUGCAAAUAUUGUGGCUCAGUUACGACGAGAACAUAAUGUGAAAGGAAGUGAAGCAUCACAGCUUUUAAAACAACUUUAUGAAUAUAGAGAAAAGGAUCCUAAUUGGUAUAUUGAACCCUUAGUUGACUCUAUUAGUAAUCAUCUCUGUGGAAUUUUUUGGAUGAACCCGGGUCAACGUGAAAGAUGGAUUCGGUUUUGUGAUAUAAUAGCUUUAAUGCCUGAUGAAACUAUUGAAUCUUUUCAUUGGGUUAUGGGGCAAUUAAAAAAAGCUACUGGAAUUUUGCCAAGAAUUUUAAUGAUGGAUGAAGAUCUUUCUAUGAAAUAUGUUGUAGCUCAUGAUCUUCCGAAUACCAAACAUUUAUUUUAUUUUUAUUUGGCACGUAAUAGUUUAAGUGAAAGUGUAUUUGAGGCUAGAUUUACAAAUCUUUUGAAUAAUUAUCCGGCUGCAUCUUCAUAUCUACAAAAGCUAUUUUUAAUUGAAGGACUUAAUAAUCAUAUCAAAACUGCUAUAAAUAGUUCAUCAACUUUAUUACAAACUGUUUUUCCACAAGUCGUUCAACAAAUAAAUAAGUAUUUAACACCAAAUUUAGCAACUAAGCAACAAAAGCAGAUAUUAUGGAAUUCUGAUUUAUUAAAUUUACAAGACAUUACAUAUGAUGAUGAUUUUAUUGAAAACACAUAUGAUGUUUCGCAAUCAUAUUUAUUGGCUUUAAUUAAAGAAAAUGAAUAUUCUUCUGUUAAAGAAGAAAAUAGCUUUCAAAAAUCUGUAGACAAGAAGCUUCAAUUUAACAAAUCAAUGAGUCUUGCAAAGAAGACUAUUAUAUUACAGAAUAGUGAAAAUGAUAAUGAAUUAGAUACUCUCUUGAAAAAUUACAUUGAAAAAAAGACUCUUCAAUAUGAAAAAAAAACUAAAGAAAGAGAAAUGAGAAUUCUUAAAGAGAACCAUAGUUCAGAAAAUGUUUUAGCUAUAGAAACUGAUGAUAAUCAACUAAUUUCUAUUGAUAAUGUUGCUAAUCCCUUAAAUCAUAUUGGAAAAGGGGCUCCAAAGAAGAAUCGUAUUAAGG